UUCCUGAAGCUCGCCAUGACAACGGUGCAAGCCGCAGGGAUACCCACCCACCACCCCAGGGUCUACAACAUUCACAGUCGAAAUGUCACCAGGUACCCUGCCAAUUCCAUCGUUGUCGUUGGAGGCUGCCCAGUCUGCAGAGUCGGGGUUCUGGAGGACUCCUUCACCUUCCUGGGCAUCUUCUUGGCCAUCAUCUUGUUCCCGUUUGGGUUCAUCUGCUGUUUUGCCUUGAGGAAGCGAAGAUGCCCCAACUGUGGAGCCAACUUCACUUAAAGGGACACCACCUCUGGCUUUCCUACAUCCAGCUGUCUUUUUCUAAUGUAAAUGUCGUGUACAGUAGCUUUAUUUGAUUAAGCUUUCAGGACUGUUUUGUAAAGCGAGGUGGGAUAGACGGCAUGAGCUGCGGUUUCGUGGGCGCAGGGGUCACAGCGUGGGGACACAGCAGCACUGCUCCGGGGUGAAAGCUCAAUAAAGCACUGCUUUUAUUUUUUGCAGUCUUCAAUUUGAGAAAGGUGAGAAAUACUGUUUUAAAUAAAUGAGAUUCAUACCAUU